CUUUAGCACCUCCCACUUCUCCUCUCUUUAUAGCCGUCCUUUCUCUCUGAAAUCUCAGGUUACUUGACUGGGAGUUCUCAGACCUCCAGUUUCAGUCCUGCCCUCAGCCUCCAGUCGGUGAGAGACACCCAGCCCCAGCAAUUGGAUUGGGCAGCCCGUCUUGAGACACCACUGUGCUGAGUGCUUGAGGACGUGUUUCACCAGAUGGUUGGGGUUAGUGUGUGUCAUCACAUUCGAGUGGGGAUUAGGAGCAGGAAGCCUGCCUUGCUGGAGCUGUGUGGUCUCCUCCAAGUGAGAGCGGCAGGCAAGGAAACUACUUUGCUUUUGGAAGAAGAAGAGGAGGAAUUCAUUUUCUGCAGCCACAAGAAAGGCAGUUUUUUCAGGUGCUGACGGCCAUCCACCACCGUCUGAAGAAGGUGAUUUUGGUAGAUGACAUGCAGGUUCUCCACGACAGAGUAAUUGCAGAAAAUCUUCAAAGGACCCCAUCUGCCGAUGUUCUGAAUACCUCUGAGUACAGAAAUUGAUUCUUCAACCAGGAUACCUAAUUCAAGACCUGCAGAAACCAGGAGGCUGAGACAGUCUGUCGGUCUCGCGACAUUGGACCAAACACAAUGAAGUAUUCUUGCUGUGCUCUGGUUCUGGCUGUCCUGGGCACGGAGCUGCUGGGGAGCCUCUGUUCGACUGUCAGAUCCCAGAGGUUCAGAGGACGGAUUCAGCAGGAGCGAAAAAACAUCCGACCCAACAUUAUUCUUGUGCUCACUGAUGAUCAAGAUGUGGAGCUGGGGUCCCUGCAAGUCAUGAACAAAACAAGAAAGAUUAUGGAGCACGGGGGGGCCACCUUCACCAACGCUUUUGUGACCACCCCUAUGUGCUGCCCCUCCCGGUCCUCCAUGCUCACCGGAAAGUAUGUGCACAACCACAACGUCUACACCAACAAUGAGAACUGCUCCUCACCUUCAUGGCAGGCGAUGCACGAACCUCGGACUUUUGCUGUAUAUCUUAACAACACUGGCUACAGAACAGCCUUUUUUGGAAAAUACCUCAAUGAAUAUAAUGGCAGCUACAUCCCUCCUGGAUGGCGAGAAUGGCUUGGAUUAAUCAAGAAUUCUCGUUUCUAUAAUUACACUGUUUGUCGUAAUGGCAUCAAAGAAAAGCAUGGAUUUGAUUAUGCAAAGGACUACUUCACAGACUUAAUCACUAACGAGAGCAUUAAUUACUUCAAAAUGUCUAAGAGAAUGUAUCCCCAUAGGCCCAUUAUGAUGGUGAUCAGCCACGCUGCGCCCCACGGCCCCGAGGACUCGGCCCCACAGUUUUCAAAACUGUACCCCAAUGCUUCCCAACACAUAACCCCUAGUUAUAACUAUGCACCAAAUAUGGAUAAGCACUGGAUUAUGCAGUACACGGGACCCAUGCUGCCCAUCCACAUGGAAUUUACAAACGUUCUACAUCGCAAAAGGCUUCAGACUUUGAUGUCAGUGGACGAUUCUGUGGAAAGGCUGUAUAAUAUGCUCGUGGAGACGGGGGAGCUGGAGAACACUUACAUCAUUUACACCGCCGACCACGGUUACCAUAUUGGGCAGUUUGGACUGGUCAAGGGGAAAUCCAUGCCAUAUGACUUUGAUAUCCGUGUGCCUUUCUUUAUUCGUGGUCCAAGUGUAGAACCAGGAUCCAUAGUCCCACAGAUCGUUCUCAACAUCGACCUGGCCCCGACGAUCCUGGACAUCGCUGGGCUCGACACGCCUCCCGAUGUGGACGGCAAGUCCGUCCUCAAACUUCUGGACCUGGAAAAGCCGGGUAACAGGUUUCGAACAAACAAGAAAGCCAGAAUUUGGCGUGAUACAUUCCUCGUGGAAAGAGGGAAGUUUUUACGUAAGAAAGAAGAAUCCAGCAAGAAUAUCCAACAGUCAAAUCACUUGCCCAAAUAUGAGAGGGUCAAAGAAUUGUGCCAGCAGGCCAGGUACCAGACAGCCUGUGAACAGCCUGGGCAGAAGUGGCGGUGCAUCGAGGACACCUCCGGCAAGCUUCGAAUUCACAAGUGUAAAGGAUCCGGGGACCUGCUCACGGUCCGGCAGAGCACGCGGAACCUCUACUCUCGAGGCUUCCCCGACAAGCACAAAGAAUGCAGUUGCGGAGAGUCCGGUUAUCGUGCGGGCAGAAGCCAGAGGAAGAGUCAAAGGCAGUUCCUGAGAAACCAGGGGACCCCGAAGUACAAGCCCAGAUUUGUCCAUACCCGGCAAACACGUUCCUUGUCAGUCGAAUUUGAAGGCCAAAUAUAUGACAUAAACCUGGAAGACGAGGAAUUGCAAGUGUUGCGACCGAGAAACAUUGCCAAGCGCCAUGAUGAGGGCCACAGGAGGCCCGGAGGUGCCCAGGCUGCCGGCGACGGGGACGUGAUGCGGGCAGACAGAGACAAUGCCCUGGGCCUGCCCACCUCCGUCCGAGUGACUCACAAGUGCUUUAUUCUUCCGAAUGAUACAAUCCACUGUGAGAGAGAACUGUAUCAAUCGGCCAGAGCCUGGAAGGACCACAAGGCAUACAUCGAUAAAGAGAUUGAAGCCUUGCAAGACAAAAUUAAGAAUUUAAGAGAAGUGAGAGGACACCUAAAAAGGAGAAAGCCGGAGGAAUGUGCCUGUAGCAAACAGAGCUAUUAUAAUAAAGAAAAAGGUGUAAAAAAGCAAGAGAAGGUGAAGAGUCAUCUCCACCCAUUCAAGGAAGCUGCUCAAGAAGUAGACAGCAAGCUGCAGCUUUUCAAGGAGAACCGUAGGAGGAAGAAAGAGAGGAAGGAGAAGAAACGCCAGAGGAAGGGGGAGGAAUGCAGCCUCCCUGGCCUCACCUGCUUCACCCACGACAACAACCACUGGCAGACGGCCCCGUUCUGGAACUUGGGAUCUUUCUGUGCCUGCACGAGUUCUAACAACAACACCUACUGGUGUUUGCGUACAGUUAACGAGACGCAUAAUUUUCUUUUCUGUGAGUUCGCCACUGGCUUUUUGGAGUAUUUUGAUAUGAACACAGAUCCUUAUCAGCUCACAAACACAGUGCACACGGUGGAACGGGGCAUUUUGAAUCAGCUACACGUACAACUCAUGGAGCUCAGGAGCUGUCAAGGAUACAAACAGUGCAACCCAAGACCGAAGGGCCUGGAAGUUGAGGACAGUUAUGGGAUGGAUGGGAAGGUUAAUCCGCCCGGCCUCUCUGCAGAUGUCAACUGGCAAGGUCUGGAGGAUUUAUACAGAGUGAACAAAAGUGUCUACGAGUACAGACAACACUAUCCACUUAGUCUGGCUGACUGGACUAAUUACUUGAAGGAUGUAGAUAGAGUAUUUGCACUGCUGAACAGCCACCAGGAGCAAGACAAAACAAAUAAGACUGCAACUGCUCAAAGUGAUGGGUCCCUGGCUGGAUCUGCAGAGCUCUCGGCGCCGGUAGAGAGAGCUUCCGCGGAGUCAGAUGAGGACCCGAGUCCUACGCUUGGGGAAGCGCCUUAUUGGACCUGGCCGGCUGACCUUCGAACCCUGCCUUUGAACCAACCAACAUUCAGUCCAGAGACGAAACUUGAAUGGAACAACGACAUUCCCGAAGUGAGUCGUUUGAAUUCUGAACACUGGAGAAAUCAUAAAACUGACACGUGGACGGAGCACGAAGAGAGAAAUCAUCUUGCAAGCGAUCUUAGCGGCAACGGCCUCACAAAGCUGAUGGUGCCUCCCAGGCCCCGGCUGCAGCAGGAAUUUCCCCGGGGGGGCGGGCCAGGCGAGGAUGUUUUUGAUCUUCUUCCCCGGGGGGCCGGGCCAGGCGAGGAUGUUUUUGAUCUUCUUCCCCGGGGGGGCGGUCCAGGCGAGGAUGUUUUUGAUCUUCUUCCCCGGGGGGGCCGUCCAGGUGAGGAUGUUUUUGAAGAUCAGCUGCAUCUUCCUGCGCAUGCUGAUGUGGAUUCCAUUCAUCAGACGAUCAAUACGUCUGCCAGGGAGCAGCCAACCAACUCCAGCAGCGAGAAGAGGAUGUUGAACAAGGCGAAGAAUCACAAGACGGGGAGCUUACAGAGUCUCGAAGGCAGUGCCUCCUUUCCACUCUCCUCCGAUUAGCUGAAAUUGUGACCUUACCCCAAACACAGUAUUUUUUUUUUUAACUUUUUAUUAGUAAACUAAUAAAGGCGAUCACGACAGCGAACAUUCUAAGCUACCCUAGGCACACAGACGCAGGAGUUAGGGCGCAGGUCAGCAGGAGGCACACAGGGACUCGGUGUUGGAAUUCACGAUUGGUCCAGAAUAGAAAGAAAGGUUGACUCGUGUUUGUUUGUUUGUUUGUGGGGAGACUAAAACAGUAUUAUCUUUUGAAAGUGAUAGGGAUAUGCCUAUCCAAAUAUUAUCCAAUCAAGAUGGCUAGAAUUGUAACUUUCUGGGUUUCUAAAACUUGACCUCCUCCAUGAAUUUUUCAGCACACUUUCCACUGCCCGCCUAAUGUGGUUUUGAUUCCUUUUUUAACCACUGGAACUUUUCAGUGCCAUCACCUUCAAUGAUUUUGCACUUUGAGAUCAGAAUACCAUGUCUGUUCGGUUAGUCUUUUUUUUUUUUCUUCCCAUAGGCUUUCCAUAGUCUCACUCCUUGCUCUCAGUGUGACCACGGGAAGUAGACCCCAAGAAUGACACACAGUAUGGAUGACAUAUUGUUCAGCAUACGCUUUUGCCAGAAGACAUUGCAUGCGUUUUCCUCGACUUGCUAAACUUGAUUAGCAGAAAGGCAUGGCUAACGAUGUUGGCAGUAAAAAUAAAUAAAUCAACAAAACCAAGAUUGUCUGCUUUCUCUGUGCCUAGCCUCAAAGUGUUCAUCAUAUGCUUCAGAUUGCAAAAUUUUUAUUAUUUUAUUAACAGGAUAAAAGGACUGAAGACUUUUUUUUUGCUCAUCUUCGUUUUCUUGACCUGCCUAGUAAGGUCAAGUUUUGAGAAGAUAUGCUUAGUUUUGAAUUUAUAUAAGAAAUCUUUUUCAAUAAAACAAACUCACAAAUGUUUCAUAUUUUAAACACACCAUAUGUGUUAUAUGAUCAUUUUUAAGGCCUUCACCAAGUUCUGAUUUUUUUAAAGACAUAAUUCAAGACUGCUUUUGAAAUUCUGUAUUCUUAAAAAUAUUCUUGUUAUGUAUUAGAUUUUUAAAUACCAGCAAAAGGAUUACCUCAUUGAGAAUUAUCAGUACCCUAGCCAACUUCCCAAGAAGGUUUUUUUUUAGCUUAACAGUGAUUUUCUUUUUAUUUUUAGAUCACUCAAAUGCAUAGGUAAAUUAUGUUUUCUUUAAGUGUUUAAGGUAAACUCUUUUAAAGAAAAUUUAAUAUGUUGUAGUUGAAUCUUUGAUAACUUUAAGUCUUUAUCAUAGACUCUGUACAUAUGUUAAAAUUAACUAGCUCUUUAUCAGAUGUGUGUGUCACCAGCUGAAUGACAGAAGAAACAUAUUUAUGGUCAUGAAUGAUGUGCUUUGUAAAAAGGUUUCAAGUUAUUAGGAAGCGUACUGUGUUUUUUAAUCUUGUGUAAUAUUCUGUGAUACUUUUAUAGAACAAUUCUGGCUUCGGGAAAGUCUAGAAGCAAUAUUUCUUGAAAUAAAAGGUGUUUAAAUUUUA